AUGCUGCUUUGGGUUCAGGCAAUUGUCGUUCUCCUUUGGUCGAGCAUGGUCUAUGGUGAUGAUGACAUAAUCAACUCAGAGAAGUACAACGAAAAUGAAUUGUGUUUUUUGAAAUACAACGGUAUCUCCGCUGAAGAUGACGGUGGAAAAUUCGCAAUUGGCUUGUUGGAUGAUGAUUUGGUGCCUCAUCAUUUCGUGGCUGAAAAAGGGUACUCUGGGUCCUUGGAGGAACGUGAUCAAUUCUUCAAAAUAGUUGUUGAGAGUGAAGUAAACAAGUGGAGUCCUGGAGCAGACUACUGUGAGUUGUUGCUGAAUGCCUUGGAUAGGGAUAACGAGAAGUGA